AAGUUUCUGUUGAUCAUCGUAUAAUUUCGUUUAUAUAUUGUUUUCUUGCAUUUACGGAUAGGUUGUAGUUGAGGUGUAGUUGAUUACCAUUUAAAAAAAAAAAAAUUCGAUUAGUAAGUAAAUUAUUCGAUUUAUUUCUAAAGUAUAUUUUUUUGAUAAUUAUUACAUGUUAUGCAGGCAUUCAAGAAAGCGUGGGAGAAAGCUUGUAAUUCUUCGGAAUCUACGAAAAUUACGAUACCGAAAGACAAGACUUACUAUGUUAAACAUAUCAACUUUACGGGUCCAUGCCACUCUGCUAUUUCGAUCGAGAUACAAGGGACGAUAAAGUCAUUUCCACAAAUGUACGACAUACCGAGAAGACUUUGGAUAAAAUUCGAAGAUGUAAGAAAUAUCGAUGUUUACGGUGGUGGAACUAUUGAUGGUAAUGGUGAAGUUUGGUGGAAGAAUUCUUGCAGGAUCAAGAAAACUAAGCCCUGCCAGAGCCAAAGUGCACCAACUGCGCUAACGUAUAAAAAUUGCACGAAUUUGAGGAUGAGGAAUCUAAAGCUGUUGAAUGCACAGCAAAUGCACGUAAAUUUUCAGGAUUGUAAUGGUGUCGAGGCUUCGGAACUUUUAGUAGUGGCGCCGGAAGAUAGCCCUAACACGGAUGGAAUUCAUGUCACAAGAACAUCCAAUAUCAAUAUUCUUGAUUCUCAAAUAAGAACAGGUGAUGACUGUAUUUCCAUUGUAAAUGGAUCAAGAAAUGUUGAAGUCAGGAACAUAGUGUGUGGUCCAGGCCAUGGAAUCAGCAUUGGGAGUUUAGGAGAAGAUAAAACAGAAAAUUAUGUGACAGAUAUAUUUGUCAAAGGGGCAAAGCUGACAGGAACUACUAAUGGACUAAGAAUCAAAACUUGGCAGGGAGGUAGUGGAAUUGCAAGAAACAUUGUGUUUGAAGAUAUACAAAUGACUAAUGUUUCCAAUCCAAUUAUCAUUAAUCAAUCCUACUGUGACAAAAAUAAAAAAUGCCAAACAGAGAAAUCAGCAGUGCAAGUAGAGAAUGUAAUAUACAGGAAUAUAAGAGGGACAAGUGCUUCAAAAAUGGCAAUAAAUUUGAAGUGCAGUGAUUCAGUUCCAUGCAGAAAUAUUGCUGUGGAAAAUGUUUUGUUAACUGCACACACUAAAGGUGAAAAGGUUGAAUCUUUCUGCAGUAAUGUUCUUUCGAUGCAGACUGCGAACCCUAAUUCAAUUCCAAUUUGCUCGAUCCGCUGACAAUAUAAAAUAUUGCAAUUUAAUUGGUAAUUUAAUUAUUA